GCACCCGCGCGUCCUUCAGUUCGUCGUGUGUCUCGUUCAAUCAAUGCUUUUUUUCUGUGGUGUGGGGUAGUAGUGGCGUGGACGAAUUUCUAGUCGAAUAAAAUUAAAAUCUUAACAAAGUACACCUAAUAUAGGUUGUACAUAUAAAAUGGCGAAUGAACUUAAGGAAAUUACUGAUAUCGUAAAAAAAUGCAAAAUCUUGCUUUUGGACAUCGAAGGGACAACAACAUCGAUCAGCUUUGUUAAGGAUAAGUUAUUCCCGUACGCGGAGGAGAAGGUGCAGCAGUUCCUGGAGAGCCAGUGGGACGUCGCAGAAGUGAAGGAGGUGGUGGACGCGCUGCGGCGGCUGGCGCUCGAGGACAAGGAGAAAAGCGUGGAUGGAGUCGUCGCUAUUCCCGGAGAGGAUGCAACAAAGGAGGAGCAGAUCGAGGGGUUGGUGAAGAGCGUCAAGUGGCAGAUGUCCGCCGACCGCAAGGCAGGGCCGCUCAAGCAGCUGCAGGGCCUUAUCUGGAAGCAGGGCUACGAUAACGGCGAUAUUAAGGGACAUGUAUACGACGAUGUAUCAGCAGCUCUCGAGCAAUGGAAGUCCGUCGACGGUCAAAAGGUAUACAUCUACUCGUCGGGUUCAGUGCAGGCUCAGAAGUUGCUCUUCGGUCAAUCGCAGGCGGGAGAUCUGUUGCCCUACAUUGAGGGUCACUUUGACACCGCAGUGGGCGCCAAGCAGGAGCCCACCAGCUAUACUGCGAUCGUUGAGAAGAUCGGCUGCAAACCUGAUGAAAUACUCUUCCUUACCGAUAUUAUUAAAGAGGCGGAGGCAGCUCGCAGUGCAGGCCUUCACGCGGCACUGGUGAGCCGCGAGGGCAACGCGCCUCUGCCAGCGGAGGCCGGGGCCGCCUUCGCCGUGCUGCACAGCCUCGCACAGCUCCUCUCCAACAAGCGGAAAACAGAACCCCAGGAAGAACUACCCUCUAAGAUUGCUAAAACUGACAACGAAGAUGACGUUAAGACUUUAACGGACUCUAAGUCUGCCGAAACGAACACCGAACAACCAGUAAGUGAGACAGCGGAAAAAAUGGAAGUAGAAGAAGAAUCUACACCUGUAGAAGAAACUAAGGAACUAAAGGCAGAAGAAAAGAAAGAAGAACCUAAACCCGACGUGGUAGAGACUAUUGUUGAAGAAGUUACUGACGCUAAUGAAACAGAUAUUCCUAUUGCUGACGUAGAACCCAUAAUUGACGAACAAGUUGAAAAGACUGAAACUGACGAGACUGUUGAAAAAAUGGAGACUGAUUCUACUGAAAAAGAAGAAUCAGCUACAGUGCCAAAAGAAAAAGAAGAUAAAGUUGAGAAAGAAAUAGAGAAGGAGCCCAAGGAGCCCGCUCCUAUCGUUGAAGAAUCCCCACCUACUGUUAUCACAGAAAUUGAAGAAGUAACUAAUGACAAAGCUAUUGAAGACGCUGAAGAAAUUAUUGAUGAUAUCGAACCAGUAGUAGAGGAGCCCGCUUCUACUGAAGAUAUGGAGGUAUUACAAAGUGUCGGCGAAGUAUUGGAAAAGGAAUGUGAUGAGAUAUUAUCAAAAGUUCAAAACGUUACUAAUCUAGACACAAUACCUGUGAAACCUUUACUUGCUCCUAUCACUGAGGAAACUAUGGAAACGUCGACUUUAGAUAACGACAUUGUCGAUAGAAUAUUAGACACAGAAUUAGACCUUGAUAUGAAAAAAUGUGAAGCUGACGAGAGCAAAGGAGCAGCUGAGACCGAAUCAACGACAGAAAUAAAGUCAGAAAUUGUACAAGAGAAAGAACCAGUUUCUGAAGUGGUUACUAAUGCUGAAACAACAAAGGUAGCAGAAGAGAAGGUACCCGAUGCAAACAAAGAAGAUAGUAAUGAAAAAAGCACAAACAUAGAGGUUCCAGAUGUUAGUAAAACGGAGACGAAAGAUGAGAGUAAAAAGGAUGAAACAAAACCGGAAACAAACACAACUGGAACUGAGAAUGCCGCGACGCCGGUUGAUGUAUCUGCAGAACAGAAGUUACCCGAAAUAAGUCCUGACAAUGAUACAAAAGUCCCGGUGGAAUCAAAAGACAAUGCCGUAGCGGAGGAAGUUAAGACAGAGGCUGAAACAGUCGAGGCACAACUUAAUGGCAAAACUAAUGGAGAAACUGAGGCGGUUAGUUUGAACGGUGACGCUAGAAAAGAGGAGGAACUCAGUUCCCGAUUGUCAGCUGAGAACGGUAAGGAAGAGGAAGUCAAUGGUUCUAACGGGAACGCUGUGGCUACUGAAAAAGUGGAAGAGGAAAAGAAAGUGGAGGCCGAAGUGUCCGAUAUCAAAGUGAAGACAGUGACCACCGAGGAGCCCCGCACUGAUCCUAUAGAGCAACCUACGGAAGCGUAAAAUUGUGUGUGCGGCAGACAUUGUCAAGAGCGUUGUAGCGUUGUCUCACAUCAGAUUGUCAAGACUGAGGUUUUGCUUCCGCGCUCACAGACAUCAUUUCCUAGUUCUAUGUAAUACGUGUAUUGAGAUUCUCUGUGUAUCUGCGCGGCGACCGCCUCGUACAUUGUCCACUCCUAUUAAACUAAUACAACCCCCCACCCCCAACCCCCAAAAGUCCGCUUACUUAAUACUAAAAUAUUCAAUAAUAAUUAGUAUGUAUAAUUGAGUAAGGUAUGUCUAAGCUAUGUUUAAAUUGUAUUUAAAAUUUGACUACCCACUGUCUGAUUUGUCUAAUACGGAUAUUCGUUUCUUUGCCAAUCAAGAUAUUUAUUUUAGUGUUGUACAUAAAAAAA